AUGGCCGCCUACAUGUAUACGCAUGCGUAUUUUGGAAUGGAAAGUCCCGAGUCCUGAGCAGACCACCCGCUUCCACCUGGCCUUGAUGGUGUUGGAGCCCGACGGGGAUGAUUUUCCCCUUUUAAUAUAACCCAAAAUGUCAGAAGGGAGUUCAGGCACCGAUCCUGGGAAUCCUGGCUGCAGCCGGCCUACACUGUCAGCUGCAAGAGGGUUAAUAGGGAGGAGGACUACUGCCCCAAUUACCCCUGGCCGCCUGCCUUCCAUCCGCUCCCGAGACCUUACCCUUGGUGGCGUGAAAAAGAAAACCUUUGCUCCCAAUAUAAUUAGCAGGAAGAUCAAAGAGGAGCCAAAAGAAGAUGUCUCCAUCAAGAAAGAGAAAAAGGAACGUGAUCGAGAUCGGCAGAGAGAUGGUCAUGGACGAGGACGAGGGAGGCCAGAAGUCAUCCAGUCUCAUUCUAUCUUCGAGCAAGGACCAGCCGAAAUGAUGAAGAAGAAAGGUACCUGGGAUAAGACUGUGGACAUGUCUGAUUUUGGCCCAUCCCACAUCAUCAACAUAAAGAAGGAGAAGAGGGAGACAGAUGAAGAGACCAAGCAGAUCCUGCGCAUGUUGGAGAAGGAUGAUUUCCUUGAUGACCCAGGCUUAAAAAAUGACAUCCGGAACAAGCCUGUUCAGCUGCCCCUGGCUCAUUCUGGCUGGCUUUUCAAGGAGGAAGGUGAUGAUCAAGAGGAAGUGAAGCCUUUGAGUUCCAGCACUAAGGAGGAGAUGAUGGAAGUGGACAUACCGUCAGUGACAGUGAAAGAAGAGCCCCAUGAUGAAGAAGAGACCCUGCCUACUCACAAACCAUCUCUUGCUAAGGAACCCCCUCCCUUCCCCCAGAAUAUGUCUGUGGCGGAGCUGCUGCAGAAGCUGAAUUUCUGCAAGGAAGAUGAGUUGCUGUUCCUGCAGCUGCCAGAUACACUGCCAGGGCAGCCACCCACCCAGGACAGCAAGCCCAUUAAGACUGAGGUGCAAAAUGAGGAUGGGCAGAUGAUGAUGAUAAAGCAAGAAAAGAGCCAGGAAGCCAAGGAGGCUGAAAACACUUGCACCCUGGGGGACCUGUCCGAAGGGCAGGUGGGGAAGCUGCUGAUCCGCAAGUCAGGGAAGGUGCAACUAGUGCUGGGCAGAGUGACCCUUGAUGUGACCACAGGGACUCCAUGCUCCUUUCUUCAGGAGCUGGUGUCAGUGGGCAUUGGAGACAAUAGAAGCGGUGAGAUGAUCGUCCUGGGCCAUGUGAAGCACAAGCUGGUCUGUGCCCCAGACUUUGAAUCCUUGCUGGAACACAAGCAUCGAUAAAGAACUGGCUACGGCAAAGGCUUCUGGCCCUUCCUGCCGGUUCUUAUGCACAGCAGUGUCUUUGACUGCCCAGAAGUGCCUUCUUCUUGAGCUGAUGGAUGAAGACUUUCCUAGAGAAGUCUAGCUGCAUUGCAGUGAACCGGGACAGCAUGGCAUUUUAUUGUGAACCGGGACAGCAUGGCGACUGUAUUGCCGCUGGAGCGGGCACGGCUUCACAAAGUCUCCCGUGAAACGUUCCUUAGCCAGAGCGGUGAGGGAAACUUAGUACAGACUAGCAGCUUUGGCUAGUAGGAUUAUUAUUUCCAUGGUACAAGAUUUAACAAUGGCAUGACCAAUCCCAAGAGCAAAAACCAGUGGGAGGGGAUUUGAAAAAUUCAACCUGAGACUGAGGUCGGCGGCUUGGUAGCUGUUUAAUGCAGAUGAAGAAAGAGGCAGUGCCCCCGCCCCCAAUUCGAAAUCCUUAUAUAAGCCAUUAAGAUGAAACAUAUUCCCUGCACUUUUUCUAAUGAGUCCUUGUAAUAGCACAUUGUUGCUGCGGUGAAAGAAGACGAAAUAUGGGUUGGGUGGGUGUAUUCUCAAGAAGCAGAAACUAUGCGGGCUUCCAAGACAUUCUUCUGUUGUAUUCCUUAAGUUUAGAAACCUCAGUCAAAUUGGAAAUUUGCAUUGCAAAAUGUGUUCCUACAGAUUUUCUCCCCCCUUUUCGGCAUGCAUAAAACAUUUGUGCUUUCCUAAAAACAAAACAAAAAUUCAGGAUUUGAAACUUUUGCAGUGCUCACAUCAUGUGUGGCAACAACUGUGCCGGGUUUGUUUGGACAUAUUACAAGAUGAAACAAAGGUAAACUAGAAAGGGGAGAAGUCACCUUGUUUUUGCUCCUGUCUGUCUGAAAUUGUCCAUCACCACAGCACUUGCCAUCCAUCCUUGACGGUGGGAAUGAUUAAGCUGGUGUAGCAUUAUUUUCCCUAUUUUUGUCCCACUGUCCAGGCAUCAUAUGUGAAAACAGAUGAUCUCUUCCAGCAGUCGGGAGGGAGAGGUGGGUUGGGUGCAUGCAGCAAGUUGUGCCAAAAUAAAUUUAUCACUAAUCAUCGCUUCAAGAUGGCAGAUUAUGCUUCUCGACAGCCUGGUCUUUUGUUUUAGCCCACUCCAUUUAUAUAUUUUUAAUCAUUGGCAUGACAACAGCAAAGUUGUGUGAUUCCUUGGCUGCUUAUGGUGGCCAGGAAAAGAAAAUAGUAGGUGCUGCCACAUGCUGAGAUUUUGGGAUACUGCAGAGUAACCGCUAAAAUCUACAGGUAAUUUAAAGGUUUUUUUAAAAAAUCCGGAGAGAUCUUGGAGGAAUCGGAUGAAACAGCUGAGUAUGUACUAAAUGUUAGUACGACUUAAAGCCAGUUCCUAAUUUAAGCACUGUUCUUAAACAAGACUGUCUUAUCAAGCAUGACAAGAUGCUGGACUAUCCACAACCCAAAUCUCCAACAUAUUUUUAUUACUAAAUAGUACCAACAGGUGUCCUCCUUUGUAUCUUGGUACAAAGUAGCUUUACUUCUCCUCUAUGGCAUUUUCCAGACCUCAGUUGAUCUGCCUUGGAGCUGCUGUUUCUCCCCUUGAGGCACGCAUAAAGUAACCUGUGUGUUUUCUUCCAGCAUGGCAAAUAGCAGUAUGUGUAUGUUGGGCAGGUCUAUUAGGGAAAGGGUCAAGCCACUAUUAUGUUGUACCAUGGCUACCAUUUGACUAGCAGAAAUUUAAAAAUAUGAGAAAUCCCUUUAUGGGGUCACUUUGACCAUUAUUUAAUUGGCCUGUUUGACAUGUUGCAGUGCAGUGAUAAAGUUGUUAAACUCUGCCUGGCGUCAAUAAAAUCACUCUGCAUACAGUGCAAA